GAUGAGAGCUGCAAUGUCGAAUUUGGAAUGUGAGUUUGUUCGCAUUCACUGUCUCUUCUAUCAACGUAUAAUUCUCUGUAAGCGCUGGCGUGUGACUACCAUGGCACAUGCUUUACUUACAAAGGUCGCAUCAAACGUAUUGACUGUCGACAUCACCUGAUUGUUCACUCCAAUGCAAUUCGUAAACGGGAUUCCAUGAUGGAUAAUCGUUCCAAUACGCAAAAUCUGGUCAACUCGUCAAUCCAACUUCGGUUCGCAGACUGCAAUAACGAUGGAAUCGUUGCUAUCGUCAAAAAAAUCUGUGACCGGAAAGACCUUCAAUCGUAUUGCAUCCUCUACUAUCAUCUCUACAACACCGAUAGCCUCCAUUUGCUACCACGCGUGAGGCGCCAACAUGUCCCACAACGAUGUCCCUUGAGCACACUUCACCACCUCGAAUCCACCAUCCGGCUCGCAGCAGACAAAGAGUUUCUUCGCCAAAGACUCGCUCGCAAGAAGAAAGCGCCUCGGAAUUGGUUCUUCGCCACGCCGUUGUCGAGGCGAAAUCAUCGCGUUCAUGCCACGAACGCUUCGAUCGAUCAGCAGCCACAACAAACUUCGAACAAGAGCAACGAAAGCGAAGACGAUGACGACUCAUCGAUCACAGUGUCCACUCCAUACAACCACCACCAUCACAAUCUCUCUUCACCAUCAACACCACCUGCCAGCACGCAUCACACGAAAAGCUUGAUGGUAAUCCUCCGCUCGCCAGCGCUCAGGCAGACACCAUCGCCACAAGCCGUUCCUCCAUAUAUGCCAUCACCGCCAUCGACACCACCGACUCCAUGUAAGACGCUUGUGGUCAAAAGCCCCUUGCCUGCCAAAAAGAGGCAAAAGCAGAAGUCGUCGAAUAUUCGCCGGCGCUCCUCCCAAUCGAUCAAAGUAGCUUCGUCGAUAUCGAAGCCGGCUCGUCGUGAAAUGAAGUCAUUAGUGGUACGGCUCUGCUUAUCGAAGAACAAGACGAGAAUAUUUGGCGGGAAUCGUUGUGAGAUGGACAGCGGUGAUCGGAAUAGUAUUUCUGAAGAGAAUAUGCUUCGGUCGGUAGCGUUGGGAUUGCGGGCGAGGUCGAGACACUUGGACCAUCGAUGAUGUGAUCAUAUCGAUCUUGUUUGAUUCUUUUCAUUGCUGCCAUUGCGCUGGAUCUUGCUCAAAUUUUGCUUU